CGAGCACACUGGACCCGAGUUAUUUGCAUUCCGCCAUGCGCAGCCCACGUCGUCGCAGCGGCGCCUCUCUUCAUGUCGUCGUCCUGGGCAUAAUGAGCCUCGCCGCCUCGGCGACUGCCGCGUGCUACGACAGCGGGCGCUGCUACCUCUACGAAGGCGUGCCCAUCGGCGUCGCCGCGUGCGACCUCGCGUCCACGCAGUGCCCACCCUGCGUGCAAAAGUACCUCGGAAACCUCUGGUGCAGCCGCACGUAUCCCGCCGUACAGUGCCUGCCAGGCUUCGAGUACUGCCCUGUAGCGCCAAAGCCAAACACGCCGUCGCCCACGUCGCCCACGUCGCCCCAGCCGACCUCGCCUUCGACGCAGCCUCCGAUACCACCCUCCCCGUCGCCCACGACGACAACGAGCGCUCCGACUAAAGGACCUACACCGCCGCCAGCGACGCCCGCUCCAACGCCGCCGCCAACGACACCACCACCAGCCACUCCGUCACCGACGCCGACACCGACACCGUCACCGACACCCGAGCCAACGACAACACCGCCGCCGGCAACAACGACACCUGCGCCGACGCCAAAUGCAACGAGACCAAACAUGACUGAAACAGUCGACGUGCGCGAUCCGUCGCUCGCUGGUACCGAGGUCGCACGGACUGAGCCAGUGACGCGCCCACCAGCAGUCAUGACCGACAAGACUGACAAUGCGUCGUCACGCACCGAGUCGGCGACGCUUCCAGGCACCUCAGUGCACUCUGCGUCCGAGAAUGGGUCGUCACCGAUCUCCAUCACGGCCAUCGCAGCCGGCGUUGGUGCUUGCACGGUCUUCAUUUUUGUCGUGAUCGUGGUCCGGUUCCGUCGGCGGCAGGAUUGGGAAACCCGCAGUGUGCUCUCGCCGUCCAAGGUGCUCUUCAGCAUCCGAGGCACGCUGCCUGGAACGUUUAUGCGCGGUGAGACGCCCACUCUCGACGCACGGUCGUCGCCAUUCCACUCGGUCACGCCCGUGAUGGAGUUGUCGUCGCGGCAGUUGCCAAUUCUGCAGCACCAGCCAUGAGCUCCGAAAGGACCAUAUUUAACCUCACUUGUUUCCGUCGUCCUGCUUCGCUCCAAGUACUACUCUUAACAAUCCACACGUGAUGUUGUGCGCUUUAUGUUGCAUCGCAUGGACGUGACGUGGCAGCACGAC